AUGGCGCAACACUUCUUUCCCCAUGGCUCGCCCAACGUUAGCUUUCCGGACGCGCAUAUGCCUGAAUACAGCCAACCCGAUUCAUAUCCGGCGUUUCCACUUCUGCUCGGCUCUGGUCAUAUUCCAGACCGUCUACUCUAUUGGAACAACGAUCGCAACCCGCAGGCUGGAAUAGCUCCCAUUCCUCGUCCAACGUUUCCCGUGCUUCAACAACAACAACAGCAGCUUCAACACCAAGGUCAAUCACAACCACAGUUACCACCACAGCUUCAACAGCAGCAACCGAUCCCUACGGAACCACGAAAACAUAAGCGGACGCGGAGUGGAUGUCUCACGUGUCGCAGUCGUCGGGUCAAGUGCGAUGAGGGUCGCCCGGUAUGCGAGAAAUGUAAAAAGGGUAAUCGACCCUGUGAAUACCCUCAGCCCAACGCAAGAAUCGCCAGUCGUACCAAAUCUCGGAGACAGCUGUCACAUGAGAGUAUAUCGUCAGAUGAAGAGAAUGUGGACCAGGGCGGGAGUCUGGGUGUGAUUCCAGACGAGGAUGAGACUGCAGAGCUACCUCGUAGCUUGCCCAAGAUGUCUUCUGACUCGGUAUCGGCUCAAAAGAUGGGGGCGCACUCUCCGAGUAACAACAACUUUCGACCAAGAAAUUCCUCCGAAACGUCUUCUGCCAGCAAAACGAAAUCUUCAUCACCGGCCUCGGAUUGGGUGUCAUCCUCUCAAUCAUCGACUUCUUCAUCGGCCUUUCGACAGCACAGGAGUCGGUUUGUGCAACAACCAGCGCGCAAUCUGCCGGAUAUCUUCAAGCACAAAAGGCUCAAGGAUGAUGUUCAAUUCUUCCUGAACUAUCACCAAAAAAGGAUAAAUCACCACCACUAUUCCAUGAAUUAUACGACUGACCUGUUUUUCCGAGGUACACUAAUAGAUUUGGCUCUUGAGUAUGAGCCGUUGCUGUAUGCAGUGGUGGGCUUUGCUGCGUAUCACUAUACCCUGGAAAAUCCUCAGGGAAAACUGAACGACUUUUUGAAAUUUUACAAUCAAUCAAUCACAUUGCUACGGAAAUCUCUUGCAUCCGGGGAAAAGCAUAGCGAGGCUACAUUAGCUACUAUUCUCCAGCUGUCAACGUUUGAGGAAUCUAUUGGAGACUUCAUGAACCUUGUAGAUCAUCAUCAAGCGGCUGAUCAACUGGUCCACGAAUUACUUACUCCGCAGUCGAUCACAGAAACGAAGAAUCAUCGAUAUCUUUUUGUGUGGCAUUGUCGAUUCGACCUCGUAGCCUGCAUUCUCGCCUCGAAUGAGGCCAUUCUAGAACGUGAAUGGUACAUGUCAUUAGAGAAACAUGAUGCUGCUCUUGCGGCACAGAACCCGGACGAUCACAUUCUACAACUUUCAGCAAUCAUAUCACGAGUGCGAAUCUUAGCCCUAGAGUAUGCAUCCCUCUUUGCGAGACUAUCGCAUAAAGUCAUCAGCCUUGAACAGUUUCAUGAAGGGUACGAUAUUCUCAGCAGGGUCAUUGAAGAUAUUUAUCAAUCCUUAAGAGCGUACGACAACUGCGAAGAAAUCACCAUGCCCAGACCAGCGGUACCUUUGCAAGGGCCAGAAGAUAUCUUAGAUACGGAUAUGGUGUGUCGUUUCUACCGCGACUCGAAACAUUACCUGAACUUCCUCUGGCCGGAUUUGCUGUGCACAGAGCUCAUGUUCAAAUACCAGUCUCAUCUAAUCACAGGCCAACCUGACGGUGCGGAAUUACAGACUAUAGCGCUGCGUAUUUGUCACCAUGCCGAAGCUAUUGCGCGAUGGCCCGAGGUGGAGGUUGGCACGGAUAUCGCAGGACACAAUUGGCUGAUAUUAACGGCAAUGUUCCUACCACGAGAUAAUAAGCAUAUGCAGUGGAGUAGACGAAUGUUUGCUCGGAUAGAAUUGAGCGGAUACGUCUUCGCCCCUCGCGUGCGCCGCGCUUUAGCUGAAUUUUGGAAUGACCCUACCGUCGAAGAAUGGUGGGAUCCCACAGACGAGGAAGGAUGUCCAAAUAUCAUCAAAGAGAUACGCAAACUGACGGAAGAGAGAACGACAAGUCCGCGUGAUAAUCUGAGAGAGGAAAUUCGGGACUUGAAGACAUUGUUUGCGAAUAUGCAAUUGAGUCAGGGUGGUUCACCGGAUUCGGGACCUAGUACGUAGUACGCAGGACGCAGUGCUAUUAAACAAUUACAUAUGAUCAUGUGGACGAUGAUUAUGAGCAUGUUGAAAAGUAACGGAGGGGUUCUGGUCAUUUCGGGACUUAAGUAUUUGCAUGCUGUUUUUUGUGCAGAUGGGUGGCUACGUUUCGAUCAUUUGGGCAUGGUACUGGAACAUAGCGACAUUGAGCAUGAGAGACUCCUUUCGGGAUUUUGAUUUCGUAUCCUGAGUUUUUAUACCAGGCAUCU